CUAUAUGGGGGUCCUCAUUCCUAGAGGACUUCUUGGUUCAGCAGCUUUUAGAACUUCUCCUUGCAUUGAGAGAGUUUGGUAUGACUCCCACUGGACAACACACACAGAUGCAUGAUAUCGUCUCUGACGUCUAAGGGCACAGCAGAUAGAAGGCAAUGGAAGAACUCACUCUGCUACUCUGGGUCCUCAUGGUUCCUCUUCAAUCAUUUGUACUUCAGCCCAGAGUGGACAUGACCCCCAUAGAAGACUUGGUCAGAGACACAGAUCCCUGGUCAGACUGGAGACCUGAGAGACUGAGGGAGACCCCAACAACAGACGAAGAGGAGGGUGAAGAACUCACUGCAACCCACCCUGAAGAGAGGAGGGAGGAAGAGGGGUGGAGCGAGCAAGGACUAAUACCAGAGACAAGGGCAGGAGAGCAGGAGGGCCAUGAGGAAGAGCGAGGGAUGGAGGAAGAGGAAGAGACAAUGCUGGUUGGAGGGCUUGAUUACAGAGAGGUGGAGAAGAAGAUAUUUGAAAAUGGGGAGAUAGAAGCUGAUGAGGAACAUGAAGAGGAGGAGGAGAGAAGAGAUAAUGGAGAGGGGAGAAAUGAAGAAGGGAUUAGAUCAGAUGAUGAGGAGAGAGAGGGUAAGGAACAGAGAGCAGACGGAGGAGAGGAGAAACUAGAGGAAGACCUGAGAGUGGCGGAAGUUAAAGAACCCAGUGUAGAUCAAAGCGAGGGAGACUACUUAGUUGUUACACACAUAGACCUCCCCCCUCCAACCAGCACUUCCUCCUCUACUGUAGAAAAAGUAAUGGACACUCCACCUGUCAAUCAAGCUAUCAACGAACCCAUGUCCCCUCCCCCUGCAGCUAUGCCUGUCCCACUAUAUGAUGUCACUCAUCCACCUGCCACUCAACAUGGCCCUCCCCCAACUACACACUUCAUCACCUCUCAAGUUCCAGAGUCUGCCUCUCAUGCUCUCGCUCAACCUGCCAGUCAUAGCCAAGACCCGGCUCCAGAGGCAGAGGAGGCCAUCUCAUUGGUGGACAGUGAGCUCAUUAUGGUUCAGAGUGUGACUGACAGCUCCCAGACCAACCUCAGGGAGGGGGAGAGUUUUGAUUCCCAGGCGAUGGAGGUCAGAGUUGGCCCAAUUGUCAAGGUUUCAAUCAACCACAAUCAGGCUGAGAGGACCAGCAUUGUCUUUCUCAAAAAUACAGAAAAUACAGUCAAGCAGCUAAAGUCAGCUACAGCCAAACCAAAACAAGCAAACCCUACACCCAAACCGCAACAGGCAAAACCCACAGCCAAGGAGCUGCAACCUACAGCCAAACCAAAAGAGAUGAUAAAACCAACAGCCAAACCCAAAGUGAUGAUACAGACAAACCAUACACCCAAAACACUAGACACAAAGCCUACACCCAAAACACUACAGACAAACCAUACACCCAAAACACAACUGACAAAACCUACACCCAAAACACAACUGACAAAAUCUACACCCAAAACACUACAGGCAAAACCUACUCCCAAAACACUACAGGCAAAACCUACACCCAAAACACUAAAGACAAAACCUACACCCAGAACACUACAGGCAAAACCUACACCCAAAACACUACAGACAAAACCUACACCCAAAACACUACAGACAAAUCCUACACCCAAAACACUACAGGCAAAACCUACUCCCAAAACACAACAGACAAAACCUACAGCCAAACCAGCAGUGCCAAAACCCAGAAUGAAACCGACCCAGACCACCAAGGGCCUCAAGACAAAGACAGGGAAACAACAAAAGAAAGACAAGAAAAAUGAGAGGAAAGGUAAACCUCUGAAAAAGGACAACAAAACUAAAGAGACAAAACAGGAGAAGAAGGAGGGCACAAAUCCAGCAUACUUCCCCUACUUCAAAGACAACUACUGUCCCCCGGAGUGUGCCUGCUAUGGACAAGUGGUCCAGUGUUCCGACAAGGGGGUGGAGAAGGUUCCGUACGGCAUCCCUUACAACUCCCGCUACAUCCUCCUGAUGAACAACCUCAUCGAUGGCAUUCAGCUGGACCUGCUCAAUGUGUACCUGUCCAUGGAGUUCCUGGUGCUCAGCAACAACCGGCUAACAGACGGCUCCAUCGAGGGGGCCUUUGAGGGCAUCCCGGCUCUGAAGCGCCUCUAUCUGGACCGGAACCUACUGGAAAGCGUGCCCACAGACCUGCCCGCCUCCUUAGAAGAGCUGCGUCUGGAUAACAACCGGCUGAACGUGAUGUCGGAGGGGGCCUGGGCCCACUGCCCUGGCCUGCUGGUCCUCAGCCUCAGCAACAACAGCCUGGGGAAUGGGAACGAUACUCUCCCUGCCAGUGUGCUCUCGCCUCUGGCCAGCCUGCGCACCCUCAGCCUGGACCGCAACCGGCUGGCCUCAGUGCCUCUGGGCUUGCCGCUAUCUAUCAGGGAGUUGUACCUCCGCGGCAACCUUAUCCAGAAGUUCCCAGGGGAGGCCUUCAUGGGUACCUCGGAGCUGGUGAUUCUGGAUCUGAGUGCUAACCGGCUAACCAACCAUGGCCUGCUCAGGGAGUCCCUCCUCAACGCCACCCACCUGGAGAGCCUCAACUUAGAGGGGAACCAGCUCAAGAAGGUACCCCGCCACCUCCCCUCUUCCCUCAAAACCCUUAACCUGGAGGGCAACCUCAUCUCCUCCGUGGGCAAAGCCUCCUUCCUCCACCUCUCCCACCUGGAGCACCUGGGCCUGGCCAGGAACAAGAUCACCAGGGUGGCCUCGGGGGCCUUCAAGGGACUGCCCGUCCUGCACCAGCUGGACCUGUGUCACAACGCCCUGCGCCAGGUGCCCAGGCAGCUGCCCCGGGGGCUCCACUUGGUGGCACUCACACACAACAAGAUCCACUCAGUGCCCCGCGACGCCUUCUGCUGGGGGGGUUCAGACCCCGACCUCAGCAGCCUGGUGCGGGUGCAGCUGGAGCACAACCUCAUAGACCUGGGCCACCUGGACGCAAAAGCCUUCCACUGCCUCAGAGGCUUCCAGGUGAUACACUUCUACUGAGCUGCAGUCUAUAGGAUCCUGCAGGACUGCGGUCAAAUUGUAAAUAUAGAUUGUAGACAAUCCCACCGCUGAAACCAUUUGCAGUGUUUUUUCUGCUCAACCUGAAAGUCCAUUGGGCUCCAACAUGGCGGUAAAAUGUUCUACAAUACACAUAGAGAAACAAACAUUAUCAUGUCAGGAACUGAUUUUGAUUCAACAUUACCUAUGCAAUUAAGAUACCUAUGCAAGAUGUUGAGUGAACUUGGAUCUCAAUGGGGAUAGCUAUACUGUAUGUUGCUGCUUUGGAUAAAGCUGUGAUUGAUGGAAGCUGUGAUAUGUGUUCAGAGAAAAUAAUUUUUUGAACAGCUCCCCUGAAGUCUUUGUGAAAAGACUAUGGCCUACCUAGAAGGUCAAUGAUGCCACAUACAGUGCUAUGAAGAAGUAUUUGCCCCCUUUCUCAUUUGUUCUACUUUUGCAUAUUUUUGAUACUGAAUGU